CGGCUCUUGUGUGCAUUUUCCAGUGUUUCUUUUGUCAGAGAAUCCAGCAGAGCCGCAGCUCUGCCAGUGCCAGCCCCGAGCUGAGUGAAGAGUGCCCAGCAGAGAUGGUGAAAAUGACCAAAUCCAAAACUUUCCAAGCUUAUCUGCCCAACUGUCACCGAACCUACAGCUGCAUCCACUGCAGAGCCCACCUGGCCAAUCACGACGAGCUCAUCUCCAAGUCCUUUCAGGGAAGCCAGGGACGAGCCUACCUCUUCAAUUCCGUGGUGAAUGUGGGCUGUGGCCCUGCUGAGGAGAGGGUCCUUCUAACUGGCCUGCAUGCAGUUGCAGACAUCUAUUGCGAAAACUGCAAGACCACACUUGGAUGGAAAUAUGAACAUGCCUUUGAGAGCAGUCAGAAAUAUAAGGAAGGAAAAUUUAUUAUUGAGCUGGCCCACAUGAUCAAAGACAAUGGUUGGGAGUAAAGUGGAAACUUUCCAUUCCCUCUUGAAUACUAUUUUGUGAAAGAGAUUGUGAAUGUAAUGGAGACACCGCAUCCUGGAUGGCAGUGUUUCUUGAACUUCGCAGGCUAGCCACGCUUCGACACUCAAAGGCCUCUGGGCACCUCCUUGGGUAAAGAGCCCCAUCUAUGUCCUCUUCGCAUAUAUGGUUGUUUCUGAAAGUUUGAAAUGUUCUUUUUCUA